UCUGUCAAAGCGCCGAAGUCAAUAGUUGUAUUAUCAAUACGCUUAUCUAGUUUCUUUUCUAGAACUUGCAUUUUCAGACCUUAUCUUAAUAUCUACAGGACCAUGGCUCAAGGUUUGACUAACGAAGAAGUCGACGCUCUCUGUGUGAAGCCCCAUGAAGGAACUAAGGACUUCAUGUUCCAACAAACCAUGUACCGCAUCAAGGACCCGCGCAAGUCGCUCCCGUUCUACACCGGCGUGCUCGGGAUGACCCUGCUCAAGAAGCUGGACUUCCCUGCGAUGAAGUUCUCUCUGUACUUCAUGGGGUACGAGAACCCGGCUGACGUGCCGCAGGACGAGGCCAAGAGGCUCACUUGGGCUACCACGAGGAAGGCUACGCUGGAGUUGACACACAACUGGGGCACUGAGAGUGAUGACUCCAGCUACCACAACGGCAACAGCGAGCCACGUGGCUACGGGCACAUCGGCAUACUAGUGCCCGAUGUGGAGGCAGCUUGUGCCAAGUUCGAGGAGCAAGGCGUGAAGUUCAUUAAGCGACCGCAAGAUGGCACCAUGAAGGGCCUCGCCUUCAUCCAAGACCCAGACGGUUACUGGAUCGAGAUCUUCAAGGCCAUGUAAACAUACUAAACAUUUUGUGAAACCAGGAGAGUGUCGCUUACGAUAUGCUUUUGCCGUGUAAAUAAAAUAAUGCGAAAGCUCUGGAAAUAUUCUGCUUAGUGAUGUGCAAGUUGCGGAAACAAAAAAAUCUUAAAUUUGUUAAAAAAAUUACGAAACUUUCACGAAAAAUAAAGGGAAUUU